AUGUUGUGCUGGGGAAAUGCAUCUUUUGGACAGCUUGGAUUGGGUGGAAUUGAUGAAGAGAUUGUUUUAGAACCCAGAAAAAGUGACUUUUUCUUAAAUAAAAGGGUCAGAGAUGUAGGAUGUGGACUGAGACAUACUGUUUUUGUCCUGGAUGAUGGGACUGUUUAUACCUGUGGAUGCAAUGAUCUAGGACAACUAGGCCAUGAAAAAGCCAGGAAAAGACCGGAGCAUGUAGGUGCCCUGGAUGCCCAAAAUAUUGUUGCUGUGUCAUGUGGAGAAGCCCACACGCUUGCAUUAAAUGACAAGGGUCAGGUCUAUGCUUGGGGUCUGGCUACUGAUGGACAGCUUGGCUUGCCGGGAACAGAGGAAUGCGUCAGAGUGCCCAGAAAUAUUAAAAGCUUAUCAGAGAUCCAGAUUGUUCAAGUUGCUUGUGGUUAUUAUCACUCACUAGCACUCUCAAAAGGAAGUGAAGUGUUUUCCUGGGGACAAAAUAAAUAUGGCCAGCUGGGCUUAGGUUAUGAGUAUAAAAAACAGAACUCGCCACAUGUUAUUAAAUCUCUGCUGGGAAUCCCAUUUGCACAAAUUGCAGCAGGAGGAGCUCAUAGCUUUGUACUAACUCUUUCUGGAGCCAUUUUUGGAUGGGGACGCAACAAAUUUGGACAGCUGGGUCUUAAUGAUGAUAAUGACAGGUAUGUUCCUACACUGCUGAAGUCACUGAGAACUCAGAAGAUUGUUCAUAUAUGUUGUGGAGAGGAUCAUACUGCUGCCCUUACAAAGGAAGGUGGGGUUUUUACAUUUGGAGCUGGAGGCUAUGGUCAGUUGGGUCAUAACUCUACCAGCCAUGAGAUAAACCCAAGGAAAGUUUUUGAGCUUAUGGGAAGUGUUGUCACCCAAAUCACUUGUGGCAGGCAGCACACUACUGCGUUUGUUCCUUCAUCUGGAAGAAUUUAUUCUUUUGGACUCGGAGGUAAUGGGCAGUUAGGUACCGGAACAACCAGUAACAGGAAAAGCCCCUUCACAGUGAAAGGAAACUGGCUUCCCUACAGUACCCAGUGCCCGAUAACCACAGACAGUGAGGAGUGUUACUGUGUAAAGAGAAUUUUCUCUGGUGGGGACCAAAGUUUUGCACACUACUUUUAUCCACAGAACAUGGUGCCACCAGAUGAUUUUAGGUAUCCUGACUUCUUGAAGCAGAUCUGGACUGUGAAUGAAACAUUUAUUCAAAGAUUGCUGACUUUCCCAUCUGGAAGACUUCCUGUAGAGAUAGCUAAUGAAAUUGAUGGAACGUUCUCCUCAGCCGGGUGUCUGAACGGGAGCUUUUUGGCUUUGAGCAAUGAUGACCAUUACAAAACUAGCACUAGAUUCUCAGGGGUUGAUAUGAAUGCUGCUAGACUACUGUUUCACAAACUUAUACAGCCUGACCACACUCAUAUAUCACAACAGGUGGCAGCUAGUUUGGAAAAGAAUCUGAUUCCCAAAUUGACCAGCUCCUUACCAGAUGUUGAAGCUUUGAGACUGUAUCUCACUCUACCAGAGUGCCCACUGAUGAGUGAUGCAAACAACUUCACGACGUUAGCUAUUCCUUUUGGAACAGCUAUUCUAAACCUAGAGAAAGCUCCUUUGAAAGUUCUUGAAAACUGGUGGUCUGUACUUGAACCUCCGUUGUUCCUCAAGAUAGUUGAGCUCUACAAGGAUGUAGUAGUCCACCUUUUGAAGUUGUGCAAGAUUGGCGUUCCAGCUUCUGAAAGAAGAAUACUUACGAAUUUUCUACACACGGCUUUCAGAGUUCUGGAAAUACUCCAUAGAGUAAAUGAAAGAGGACAAGUUAUACAGUAUGACAGAUUUUACAUUCAUGAAAUACAAGAUUUGAUAGAUAUCAGAAAUGACUAUGUCAGCUGGGUCCAGCAGCAGGUGUUUGGAAUGGAUGUCAACCAUGGAUUAACUGAGUUAACAGAUAUUCCUGUUACAAUAUGCACAUACCCAUUUGUGUUUGAUGCCCAAGCAAAGACAACUCUCCUACAAACAGAUGCAGUCAUACAGAUGCAGAUGGCUGUUGAUCAGGCUCACAGGCAGAAUUUGUCUUCUCUCUUUCUGCCAGUAUUUGAAUCUGUCAACCCAUGCCUGAUAUUAAUGGUACGGAGAGACAAUAUUGUAGGAGACGCUGUGGAAGUCCUAAGGAAAACAAAGAACGUAGACUACAAGAAGCCACUCAAGGUUAUUUUUGUAGGAGAGGAAGCAGUUGAUGCUGGAGGUGUUCGCAAAGAAUUUUUCUUGCUUAUCAUGAGGGAGUUGCUAGAUCCCAAAUAUGGAAUGUUCAGAUAUUAUGAAGAGUCCAGGCUGAUCUGGUUCUCUGAUAAGACCUUUGAAGACAGUGACUUGUUUCAUUUGAUUGGUGUUGUCUGUGGGCUAGCAAUAUAUAAUUUUACUAUUGUAGACCUUCAUUUCCCUUUGGCUUUGUACAAAAAGCUAUUGAAUAAGAAACCAUCCCUGGAUGAUUUAAAAGAGCUGAUGCCAGAUGUCGGCAGGGGAAUGCAACAAUUACUGGACUAUCCAGAGGAUGACAUAGAGGAAGCCUUUUGUCUUAAUUUUACUAUCACUGUGGAAAAUUUUGGUACAACGGAAAUCAAAGAGCUCGUUCCUAAUGGUGCUGACAUUCCUGUAGUCAAACAAAAUAGGCAAGAUUUUGUAGAUGCGUAUGUAGAUUACAUCUUCAAUAAAUCUGUGGCUUCCUUAUUCAGUGCAUUCCAUGCAGGCUUCCACAAAGUAUGUGGAGGUAAAGUUCUUCAGCUCUUCCAGCCCAGCGAGUUGCAGGCAAUGGUAAUUGGGAACACAAAUUAUGACUGGAAAGAACUGGAGAAGAAUACGGAAUACAAAGGAGAAUACUGGGCAGAGCAUCCUACGAUUAAAAUAUUCUGGGAGGUUUUUCAUGAGUUGUCUUUGGAGAAGAAAAAACAAUUCUUGCUGUUUCUGACAGGCAGCGAUCGUAUUCCGAUUCUGGGAAUGAAGUGUCUUAAACUAGUCAUCCAGCCAACCGGAGGCGGUGAAGGGUAUCUUCCGGUAGCUCACACUUGCUUUAAUCUUCUCGAUCUUCCAAAAUACACAGAUAAAGAAACCCUAAAAUCUAAGUUGAUCCAGGCUAUAGACCACUACGAAGGUUUCAGUUUAGUAUAACUUCUGGAAUGGGAGUUCUGUGUAACAUGGGAUCAUUAAACUAACUUUUUGUGUCUUUCUUGUGGUAAAUUGAGUGGAUUAAAUGGAGGAGUUGAUAAUAUAACUGAUUAUUUGCGAAGCUGUUCAGUGGUACGGAUAUUCAUGGGAGCCAAAAAA